CUUCUCUCUCUCUCAGUGUCUAAAGUUCUCUCUCAUUGUCAUAUCUUUGCAGCUACAUCAAAUAGUUCCCACAGUUUCCACAUCAAACCCAUAAUCAUAACGCCUCUCUCUCUCUUUCUCUCUCACUCAAAAAUGUCCAUAAACCACUUCUCUUCGGAUCUUCCAGAAGCACUCUGGUGGACUCAACUACAACAAAAACCACACCACCCCAUCAUGGAACCAAUCCCAAAUCUCCCUUCUUCUUCUUCUGCAAGACCCGACCUUUCUUGGACACCGCAACCCUACUAUCAACACCAAGCCUGGCUCCACUCCCACAAUUUCCAAGAACCCGACGAUCAAACACCCGAAAACCCGACCCGCCACCAAGAACAGGAAGAACAUCAAGAAGAAGAAGAAGAAGAAGAAGAAGAAGAAGCGGAUGAAACCGAAAAAGAGCCCAUGUUCGAGAAGCCAUUGACUCCCAGCGACGUCGGCAAGCUCAACCGCCUCGUCAUCCCCAAACAACACGCCGAGAAGCACUUCCCGCUCGGCGGCGAAUCCGGGCUCUUGCUCAACUUCGAGGACGAGUCCGGCAAGUGCUGGCGUUUCCGCUACUCCUAUUGGAACAGUAGCCAGAGCUACGUUCUCACCAAAGGCUGGAGCCGCUACGUCAAGGAGAAGCGCCUCGACGCCGGCGACGUCGUUUUGUUCGAGCGCCACCGGACCGAAGCCGAGCGCUUGUUCAUUGGGUGGAGGCGCCGUGGUGUCGCGGCGCACGAUACCGGCGCUGGUGGGCACGGCUUGGUGGCACCGCAUAGUAAUAGCAAUAGUGGCCCCGGGUGGACCAGAGUGUUCUAUUCUGCGCACCCUUAUCCUACUCAUCAUCCCCUGCCAUACCAACCUGACUGUCUUCAUGCAGGGUCCCCUAAUCAGAGCCAAACGACGCCGGUGGGGAGCUCAAAGAUACUGAGGUUGUUCGGGGUGAACUUGGAGUGCCAGCCUGAUCAUCAAGAGUCGUCGUCCGAGCCAUUUACACCUGAUGGCUCGUCUUUGUCGAGCCAGGGUCCAGCCGACCAGCUUUAUUAUCAUCAACCUACUUAUUCUUCUGAUCACAUGGAUAUCACUCUCUCCGGAGAUGUCAAUAAGAUGAUGAGAGAUCGCCGAGGAUGAAGAUCUGUGGAUGUGACCUUCCCGGGAAUGAGAGAUAUAACCUAACUCGAAAGGGU